CCAUCAGUGGGUCCAGCUCCACCGUUUACCAUGGCGCUCCCUGUGCCAGUGACGUUGUGUUUGAUGGUGGUAGUUCUGGUAGUGAGGGGGGUAGAGUGUGAUCCAGGGCCUCACUACCAUCACCAUGCAGGCGAGGGCGUGGCCGUACAUCCCGGAGGUGGUACAUCCUACGUCCGUGGUGUGGGUAAGCGCUCUGCUGAUCCUGGACCUGAACCUGAACCCGAACCCUUAGCCAGUGCCGAACCCCAUAACCCGUAUUAUGGCUAUCGUUAUCCGUAUUACGGUCACCACUAUCUUCGCCGUUACGGUUACGGUUACCCUCACUCUCACUACCACAAGACGGUCCACAAGCACCACAAGCGUUCUGCAGACCCCUCACCAUCUCCUGAACCCGAACCCGAAGCCUUAGCCAGUGCCGAACCCCAUAACCCGUACUAUGGCUAUCGUUAUCCGUAUUAUGGUCACCACUAUCUUCACCGCCGUUACGGUUACGGUUACCCUCACUCUCACUACCACAAGACGGCCCACAAGCACCACAAGCGUUCUGCAGACCCCUCACCAUCUCCUGAACCCGAACCCGAACCCGAAGCCUUAGCCAGUGCCGAACCCCAUAACCUGUACUAUGGCUAUCGGUAUCCGUAUUACGGUCACCACUAUCCUCACUGCCGCUACGGUUACGGUUACCCUCACUCUCACUCCCACAAGACGGCCCAUAAGCACCACAAGCGCUCUGCAGACCCCUCACCAUCUCCUGAACCCGAACCCGAACCCUUAGCCAGUGCCGAACCCCAUAACCCGUACUAUGGCUAUCGUUAUCCGUAUUACGGUCACCACUAUCCUCACCGCCGCUACGGUUACGGUUACCCUCACUCUCACUCCCACAAGACGGCCCACAAGCACCACAAGCGCUCUGCAGACCCCUCACCAUCUCCUGAACCCGAACCCGAACCCUUAGCCAGUGCCGAACCCCAUAACCCGUACUAUGGCUAUCGUUAUCCGUAUUACGGUCACCACUAUCCUCACCGCCGCUACGGUUACGGUUACCCUCACUCUCACUCCCACAAGACGGCCCAUAAGCACCACAAGCGCUCUGCAGACCCCUCACCAUCUCCUGAACCCGAACCCGAAGCCACAGCCGAUCCUGAACCCCAUUACAGAUACCCAUACCGCUACCAUGGCUAUCACGGCUAUCCCUACCACUACUACAGACACUCAUGGUAGGACAGCGGGUUCUCCCAUGAUCCCGCCGUUCCAGACUAUGUCCGGUUCUCAUGCCCGAUAGUCCGGGUUCGCUCACCUGGUUUUUCGGACACUGAUGAACCAUCAAGGUUGAUGAUGAUGCUGGCACCCCAUAAGACUGUGUGAAUCGUUUUCUUUGAUCUUCAGUUAAGCACAAACUCAAAUAAAUCUUCAUUGACUUGA